CAGUCUCACGUUCCUGGACCUCGUUUGAAAGCGCUCGAUACAUCUCCUCUUCUACCCGACCGACGGAAUCUAGACGCUCGUCGUCUACAUCUACGAUGGCCUCCGAGUCGCUCAACUCGCCCAGCGGCCAGUUCCGCGGCCGCAGCCAGGAACCCGUGGCUUCUGGCCGAGAGAGUACGCCACAUGCAGCGCGCGGAGCCAGCGCAACGCCUCCCCCCUUGGCCUGGUUUCCCCUAGGCUACAGGGAAGGCUUUAGUCAAUGGUGGGCGUCUUUACCCGCCGCCACAGCCGAACACAGAGUUCUUUCCCACCUCCCUUAUCUCCAGCAUCAACCCCCAACCCACCUACAGACCGGUAAAACGAGCAAUGUUUCCGGAGGCACAGGCAGUCUCCAGUCCGCCGAUCAAACCCAACAGGGCGAGGUAUCAGCCAGUUCUACCAAUGACCCGUACGGCCCUCGAAUGUGGCGCUCCAGCAUGGUGGAGCUGAGCGGGAAAAAUCGGGCUCUGAACGAGUUCUCAGUCGAGCGGAUUGGUGAAGAAGCAGAUCAGCAUCUGGUCAUGCUUCAUGGAUACGGUGCCGGUCUGGGGUUUUUCUAUAAAAAUUUCGAGCCGCUUAGUCGCCUGAAAGGGUGGCAACUCCAUGCGCUGGACCUCCUGGGCAUGGGCCGCAGCACGCGACCGCCCUUUCGCAUCAAAGCGAAGGAGCGUGAGCAGGCCAUCGAAGAGGCAGAGGCAUGGUUCGUGGACGCGCUGGAAGAAUGGCGAGUCAAGCGCAACAUCGACCGUUUCACCCUCCUCGGUCAUAGUUUGGGAGGCUACAUGGCCGUGGCAUACGCUCUCAAAUAUCCGGGGCGACUCAACAAGCUUAUUCUAGCUUCCCCCGUAGGAAUUCCAGAGGAUCCAUAUGCUGUGCGGGCUGAAAUGCCUGCACCAAACGAGUCGACUAUGGCGAAUGAGCUCACCCAGAACCAGCGCAAUAUCGCCGAAUCCGCCUCUUCGGUUCCCCCCACUGAGCUUCAGAAAGGCGACAACAAUAUUCUGCUGAAGGGUUCCCCUACAAAUAGUGGUGCUUCCCCGGACCAGCCGCCCCGGCGCAUGGUUCCCAAGUGGUUCGCCUACCUCUGGGAUGCCAACAUCUCACCCUUUAGUUUGGUGCGAUGGGCGGGACCGCUCGGUCCGCGCCUGGUCUCCGGGUGGACAUCCCGACGCUUCUCCCAUCUGCCGGCAGAGGAGGCCAAGUCUCUGCACGACUACUCGUAUUCGAUCUUCAGCAUGCGCGGCAGCGGCGAAUACGCUCUAUCGUACAUUCUCGCUCCGGGCGCAUUCGCCCGCAGCCCGCUAAUCCGCCGCAUCGAGGGCGUCGGUCGUCAAUACAUCCAGCAAAACCCGUCCCCCGCAUCUGCUGUCCUCGAGUCUGCAAAGGCCGCAGCUACAACGACCACCUCCCAAUCUAAUACAGAAUCAUCCUCUACCAACUCCGCCCCCUCAACGACACCUAAGCGCGAAAACGGUCUCCCCAUCAUCUUCAUGUAUGGCGACCACGACUGGAUGGACGUAAAGGGCGGAAUAGCCGCGAAGGCUAAGCUCGAUCAAGAGAAGGAGCGUAUCUUGCAGAACGCGACGGUAGAGGAACGCGAAACAGACAAUGGCUCGGCCAAGGUGGUUAUCAUCAAGAGGGCAGGCCAUCAUAUUUAUCUGGACGGAUGGGAAGAAUUCAACCGGAUCGUCUUGGCUGAGAUGGAGCAGGUGGCUGAGAAGGAGAGAGCUAAUCGAUCUUCAUAGAGCUCUGCAUUACUAUACAGUCUAGUCUGACCAACAAAAGGUCAGAAUUUUCAUUUUUUGUUUCAAGAGGUGUUCAUGAUGUGUUGGGUCACUAAAUAGCGGGAUUUGUUCUUUUGUUUUCUUCUGGAAUCAGUAAAUACAUGAUGGGUUCGAUUCUUCAUAGAUCGGGCGAUGUCUCAAAGGGUAUCUGUCGAUCAUGGACUACGUGGAAUGUAAAUACCUUAACGGUAGAAGUAGGAAUGUGAUGGGAAAAUAGCAUUGAAGUAUAGAAAAUAUAAGAUUCGUGUGCC